UGCCCCCCUGUUGGAGCGCGACGAAAGCGACGCGACGUCGCGACCCGCCCGUAUAAAUCCACGCCGUCCGUCGCCGCCGGAUCCCCGCCGCGAGCACACGAUAACCGGUCGGAGAGAGGAGGCCUUUUGGUGUUGUCCUGUCCCUUUUUCUUUUCGAAAAAGGAUCUCUCUGCGCGCCGGGCGGCGAUGGCGGCGGCGCCGGCGCCCCUGCCGGCGGCCGUCGCGGGGUGGUGGGAGCGCGUGAACGGCUCGCCCGCGUGGCAGGACGGGAUCUUCGGCGCCCUCGCCGUCCUCUACGGAAUCAUCGCCGCCGCCUCAUUCAUUCAAGUUGCCAGAAUACAGCGCAGAGUUCCUGAAUAUGGAUGGACAAUCCAAAAGGUUUUCCAGUUCCUGAAUUUCGUGGUCAAUACGGCCAGGUGUUCUAUCUUUGCUUUCCGUCGCCUGGUGCAGCAAGUGAACCCUCCGAUCUUUCAGCAUGUUAUCCUUGAUCUUCCGGGGCUUGCAUUUUUCACUACCUAUGCAAUGUUAGCACUUUUUUGGGCUGAGAUACUUUAUCAAGCGCGUGGGCUAAUGACUGAUCGACUUCGAUCAGGUUUCUACACCAUUAAUGGUGUUGUAUAUGUGUUGCAGGGUUUUCUGUGGCUAUGUUUGUGGUGGAACCCAAAUCAUUCUAUGCUAGUCAUUUCGAAGUUAUUCAUCGCAGGCCUUUCCUUUUUCACUGCCUUGGGUUUUCUGCUAUAUGGAGGGAGGCUUUUUCUCAUGCUGAAAUAUUUCCCCCUUGAGUCAAAAGGGAGGCAGCAAAAGCUAAGAGAGGUCGGCAGAGUUGCCAGUAUAUGUUUCUGUUGUUUCUUGGCACGGUGCAUAAUGAUGUGUUUCACUGCGUUUAACAAAGAAGCUGACCUCGACGUUCUUUAUCAUCCCGUCCUUAAUUUCUUCUAUUACCUGCUUGUCGAAAUUCUUCCUUCAUCACUUGUCCUGUACAUACUGAGGAGGAUUCCGGCAAAGCUACAACUAUCGCAGUAUCACCCCAUCAGCGGAAGUUAGAGAUGAGGCGUUGCUUGUCAUCUCCUGAGCUGAAAACGUGGUGGCCGCUGUGGAGUCAUACCAUUGCAAUUUGCAAGACCGACGCCCUUUGUAUAACACCUAUAUAGGUAACAAUCCGAAAUUUUCCUGUAACUGACCCUGUUAGUUCAAUGUAGGAUGUACUGAUCCCAUGCAAGUAAUUGUUUCUCAAUGGUAUUGAAACCGAGCACAUUGAGGGAAAGCACCAUUGUAAAACUGGAAAGAUGUGAAAAGUCGAGCAGCGAGUUUUUUUGGAUGAGUUGGACAGCAAGUUA